AUGGCGAGCGCAAACAAUUCCCGUAUGCCCACGACGGGACGGCACAGAGUCGACAUUGGCUCAUCGUUGGGGCGCGCGCUGAAGGCGCGCAAGGGUGGGGCCGCGCCAACCAAGCGGUCGAACCUGCCCAGUCGCGACUUCUACUCGUUUCGAUAUACUUUCAAGCCUCCUUCUGUAGAUAAUAUGAAGCCUGGUACAGCGGAAAUGACGGCGGGCAAGGAAAGCACCAGCGUAAUGGUAGAACAUCCCAGUACCCAAGAAGGGGAAAGCUUCAUCUUCAAGGGACCUGAGGAACCAGCGAAGGAGCUCGACUGCGUUCUUAUAUACGACGAGGAGACCGGGACAUUUACGCUAGAAAGAGUUGAAUCGUUCGUCGCGUUGAAGUAUGACAAGAAGACGGCUUCAAGCAGUCGACCACGACCGUCCGCUUCCCCAAUGCCGCGGACACCAGUCCCUUAUUCUACCCCAAAGCCCUCCUCUGAUGACUUAGACCUCGAGGCCCAGCUAGAAGAUAUACUCCAGGACAAGGACGCUGACGGUGAACUCGACGAACAGCUGGAGGAAAUACUGCCAACGAUUCUACCUCCAAAGCCCCAAGAAGAACCAAAAGUACUCAUCCCACCCCCGCGGUCUACAGCACCAGCGCCUUCGAAACGCGCGCCUCCAAAGACCUCAAAAGCAAAUGGGAAAAUGCGGAAGGAAGCCGCCCCACCUGCACCCACACCUGCACCACCCAUUCCAACACCCGCACCCAUACCAACGCCUACAAUCAAACCUAGGCCGCAACCGAAAGCCAAACAAGUUCCUCAGAGUAAAGCGCCGCCUCCUCAGUCAUCCACAACACAUCUAGAUGUUGAAGAAGAAGUAUUCGAGUUCGGCCUUCCUUCCGUUCCCGUGAAACAUAAACCUCAAACAUCUGCUCCGUCGGAAGGGCUUGCAUUUCCGGGAAGCAACAGUUCAUCAUUAUUUGUACCGCCUCCUGCGGUGUCAUUCGACCCUCCGAUCCCACCAGCAGCCGAUUCAGAAGAUGAAGAAUGGGACGAGGUACCUGCGGUUUCUCCCCUUCAACCAAUAGAAGCCCCCGAGGAGACUGAAGGGGUAGAUAUUGACUUGAACGACCUUCAAGCUCAGAUGGACGCAGAGCUCGGAGGAGCGUCUGACGAUGAAAUGUCGCCAGAACCUGAACCGCAACGGGCAACGGGAGCGCCCAUGUCUCUUCAGCAAUUUGCUGAAGCCAAUGGCAGCGCUGUAUACCCAGGGUAUCUGCAAGAUGAUGAUGCCGAUGAUUACACAUCUAGCGACGACAGCGAUGAUGAUUAG